AUGUCUCAUACAUCAUCAUCAUCAUCAGCUGCAUCACAUUCACCUCGUUUUGGGGAUCGUUUAUCACAGCCUUCUAUUCCAAGACGUGAACGAACACUUUCACAAUGUGAACGUGCAUUACAAAGUCCAUCAUAUGAAGGUACAAUUGAAGAAUUUUGUCGUGAACGAGGUCAUGGUUAUAUUCGACCACAUGAUCAUUCAAAUGAAUUAAUUUUUGUACAUGUUUCUGAUAUUGAUGAUGAUUAUGUACCAAAAAAAGGUGAUAUUGUUUCAUUUAAAAAAAUGUUAAUGCCACCAAAAAAUGAAAAAGUUAUGGCCGUACAUAUAAAACUUCUUCAUUUAGCUGAAGGUGUUAAACAUGAAUCAUGGGAAGAAGCUGUUGAACAUGAUAUGGAACAUCGACGACCAUCAAAAACAAAUUCAAUACCACUUAUACAAGAUACAGAUGAAAAUAAUGAUCAUAUACAACAGGUUUUAUCUCAUAGAUCAUCUGUUACUCAUAUUGAUUAA